AUUCUAACAAAAAUAAAAUUUAAUGGAACCAGUAUUUGGUAGACCAAGUUUCCCUUCAGAGAGGCCUCCUACAGUCAAGGAGUUGUUCCAAGAGGAAGAACAAACAGCUGUGAAUAGAGACUACACUAAAAAUUAUCCCAGGACUAUCUAUGUGUCAAACCCUGAGAACAUCCAUGUGAAGAACACCAUGAGGAUCAAGGAAUGCAUGUCUGCACUACUGAGGAACCAGGAAAGGGAAAAAUUGAGACAUAAGAUUAAAAAGACAGACCAGCAUUUUAUCAGUGAGAAAGAAGAUAAUUACAGAAAACAUCUUUUUGACCCACAUACUCAGUCCUGGCGAUUUGAUUAUGAUGAAUCAUCCCUGGUGAAAAAUGAUCCUCAAGGUCCUUUCUUGAUGAGUAAAGUGCUGACUCAUAAGAUUAAUGGCAGAAGUCCGCCUAGUUAUAAAAAGAGUUGCUCUACUGCCUUAACUGACAUCCCUAAUAUUCCAGAAUCGGAUAGCGUGAAAGCAACUAUUUCUUCACAAAGCGGAAAGGGAAGAGAGCAUGAUUUUGAAGGCAUAAACGUUAAUUUGAAAGAAACUAAAAAUGAGGUUGAUGGAGCUCCCAGAAGAACUUUGAAAGAACCUGUAGAGGAGGAUGAGACCUUCAUCCCUCAAGUAAUCUCCAGUAGCUUCAUCAAAAAGCGUACCUUUAAAAACCUUGAUGAAUACAUUGAAAGAAGUAACAAUCUUGAUAGAAGAUAUCCAGACAAAGGAGUUAUUUUUAACUCAGUCUUGGACUGAGGUAGAUUAAAUAACGAUCCAGAGUAUAUCAGACCCCUUCAUGCCUUCAGAGGUCUUCCUAUUUAUAAAGCAGAUGGGAUAGAAAGUGAAUUGGACCAAUAAAUUUUAAGAAGAGCUAAAAUUCCUCAUAAAUCAAGAAUAAAAAGCU